AAGACCAGACGACAACACACGGCGGGAAGGUGUGUGUACUGACACGGACACCACCACAACAAUAACCGACUUCCGAGUGAGACUUUUGUGAAACCAAAGUUUGUGUCACAACUGUGAAGCAGUGGCUAUGUGUUUUUUAGACCGUGGAUUACAGCAGAACAAACGAGAUUGUGUAUUGGAUAGUUAGGAUAAAGGCCAUUAAAGGCUGUGUAGUUCAGGUCCUAACCAAGAUGGAAAAAUUAACAUGGAGUUUCGUGUUAUGAAAUUCGAGACCUUUCCUUCGAUUCACCCUAGUAAUGCCGGUCAUUUAACCGGCUCACGGCCGCGAUGAGACUAGCCGGCAUGUCGCUCUACGACACGGCCACCGACGCCCUCUCGCUCAACUCGAGCACCCAGCCGCCCCUCAACGUCACCAUCCUGGUGGAGCUCAACGACAUCAUGUUCCGCCGCCUGGCGCCCGCCAUCGCCGUCUUCAUCGCCCUGAUGGUGGUGGGCGUGGUCGGGAACGUCUUCGUGUGCUACAUCUUCCUGAAGAAGCUGCGGCGGUCGACCCAGAACUUUCUGCUGCUGUGCCUGGGGGUGUUUGACCUGCUGAGCACGUGCGUGGGGAUCCCGUCAGAGAUCUGGGACAUGAGGCACUACUACCUGUACGACUCGUCGCCGUGGGCUUGUAAGGCUAUGAGGUUUCUGACGACGCUUCCGUCAUUCGCCUCCAUCUUGGUGCUCAUGGUCAUCGCAGUGGACAGGUACAGGAAGGUCUGCAAGCCCCUCCAUCAACAAAUCCAAGUCUCCUGGGCCAAGACGUCCAUUAUCAUCAUCCUCGUCGUAUCUCUCGUCUUCUCCGUCCCAGCGCUGUAUAUCUACGGGCAUCGAACAUUUCCUUCCGGGGUUGAGGGAGUUAACGGUCGGGAUUGUUCUGUUGACGAUUAUUUCAUUGGCAAGUCGUACCCACUUGUGUACGAGUCGGUGCUCGCUUCCUUGUUUGUUAUCCUGGCAAUUAUUUUAACUUCAUUGUACAUCCGUAUAUGGAUGGAGACUAGAAGACACCGGAAGUACAUGAAGACACACGCAGUCAUGGGGACGGUGCUUAUGGAAGACAGCGCUUAUAAUUCCUCCACCAACUACGAUUCUUCCACAGACAAUCUUCCGGAUAAUUUUAAACCCAGCUCGAAACGAAGUUCCAACUCGUCCAAUUAUAAAAGAGGGUUUUUGAAGAGAGCGAAGUAUAGAAGAUACAGAUCCAAAAGCCAAGAUUCAGCCUGCUCACGCGGGCGUGCUGAGAAACGACCGUCAUGCCCUAGUAAACCUGAUGAAGACAAUGAUUCCAAUCAACCCAGAUCGAAAUGGGUUAUCGGAAAUGAAACUCCGGUGAAGCGGAACUCCGCUGAUAUGAGCGAUGAAGGUUUAGACGCCCACGCGAUUUCUAACGGCGUGAGUAACGGAUUUCAUGAUCAUCCGGACGGUAAGGGUUGCGAAACGAUGAGGUCUUCGCUGAGGAGAAGUGUUAAAAACCACGAGAAGAGGGACACGAACGGAGGGGAUAAGGAACUGAUAGUCAUUCCAGAAGGGGUACAGUUAAACCUAACCUUAACCAACAACCAACAAAACACGUCCGACUUUGUUAUCAAACCUGAGUCCAUUCCUGUAAAGCAAACGGGAAUUUCGGCGAGUCGCAACGAUACAAAACACAGAAGCAGCUUUAAAAACGGAACCAACGAUCCGUUGCCUGGUACUAAAAACUCGGAAUUUUCCAGAAUUAAUAGUGAGUCAGGAGACUGUGACGUCAUGCACGGGGAUAACGGCCGCGAGAAGUACUCACGCAAGAGUUCCGAGACUUUAGAAGACUGCGCGGGUCUGAAGAAACAGGACGCGCGUCCGGUCGACGGCAUGAAACCCAAUCGCGUGUCUUUUGUCAACAAAAGUGGCGACGAACUAGAUUCUGACGCAGAGUUAAAAGAACCACAUGCAGACGAAGAAGCGGUGUUCCAGCCGAUUUUAUCCCAGGAAAAAAUAACCGCGAACGGAACGCGUUUAAACGGAAGUGUAAGUACACUUGGUUCCUUGCCAUUAGACUUGGGUUCAAACACACAUCGUGUUCUAAAACACAGCAAAUCAACACAGUCACUUACAGCUAAACGAGUCAAAAAAGCACUGCGGGCCACUCGCACGACAGUCAUAGCUUCGGUGAUCACCCUUGGGUUUAUAUUGAGUUAUCUCCCUCAUUUGAUUCUUGUUAUUCUCCGUUCAGUGAAGAUCGACUUUGAGCACCACCUAGGCGACGUCUCGCUCAUCUUCUACAACAUCCUCUUACGCUCCUACUUCGCCAACAACGUCAUCAACAUCUUCGUCUACGGCUCCAUGAACCUCGAGUUCCGAUCCCAGCUCCUGAAGCUGUGGACGAACAUGCAGCAUCCCUGCCACAAGCACCACGCGCCGGAGACUGUCUCUAGGAGAAACACGCUGGCCGGUGCUCCCAUAUAUCCGGACCCCCCGGAAAUAGUUCCGGGGUUUAAACAAUUUGAAGCGACACACUUACUAGAUGAGUCGAACUGUGUCCAGAUUUUAAAAGAAACUAGUUGUUAAGUUGUGCAGUAUUUGUUUUUAUUUAUUUUUACAUCUAUUUUAUACACGUUUGUUUGAAAUUGAAAUGCUUGAUAUUACAUACACAUGUCUAUAAUAAAUACAAGAAAAAGUAUAAACUUAAUCAGCGUUUUGCGUUUUUAAUCUUAAUUUUUUGAAAACAAUAACAAAAACUCAUUAAAAUCCCUAUAGAAAUGUAUGAAACCAGCAAUAUACAACGUUUAGAUCUAGUGCCUCCAUUUGAUUCUAUGGAUUCUGCUAAUGAAAUACUUUUAUAUAAAAAAAAAUAUGCGGUUUAUGUUUUCAUCUACAGCCAGUGCCGGUGCCAGGUUAUUUAGCGCCCUAGGCAAAACUUAUUAAAACGCCCCCUUUCACACAAUAUCAUUACUAAAACAUAUGUAUAAGAAAACAAUUAAUUAAAAGUGACAUAUAAGUUUAUUAUCAAUUGCAUACACGUUAUAAGUAGACAUCAAAAUCAAAAUUUACUUGCCUCCUUCGUCUCAAAAGUUUGUACUAAUUCCUUCAAUUCCAGUUUGCAAGCGUAAUCACAUUUUAUUUUGAAAAAAGUUCUUUUAGUGUUGGGCUCCAUGCUGUCCUCCCAAGGUGAGUUCCAUAACGGAAAUUACCUGUUUUAAGCUUGACUGUCUAGUUAUAAUAUUGUAAAAUG